AAAUAAUUUUAUAGCUUUAUGGUGCAGAUACCUGUUCAGUCUGGUGCUGCACAAGAAAGCUAUCAUCAAAUAGAAACUUAUGUACCAAUCUGAUGUUGAGAGGUCAUGCUCUGCCCAGUGGCUGCAGGAUCUUCACUUCCAUUCCUGAUGUGUUUUUCAUCCCUGAGUUUCUGUUUGGAGGUUCGGUGGGGAUCCUGGUGGCAAUAAGUGGGCAGUCUUGGUACAGCCCCGUGGGCUGGGUGAUGUUUGUGUCCGUCUUCUGCUUCGUAGUGACAACAGUCUGGUUCUUCAUCUUCCUCGGAGGAGCCAAUGAGAAAAGCAUCUGGCUUUCACUGGAUGUGGGAUACCAUUUUGUGGCGGCGCUUUUCUACCUCAGUGUGUUGGUGACCCUGUCGUUCAUUGACACUGUGCUGGCUAGCUGGAUUGAAUAUUCACACAGUGGAAUUUUAAUUCUCUACCAAAUGGGAAUUUCUGCAGCGGUGCUGUCCUUUAUGGCCACUCUUUUCUACUUCUUCCAUGCCAUUUUCUCUGCCAUCCGAUGGAAGAGGUCCAAAUAAAACAAAACAUCAACCCAACCGCAAACCAAGAACAAGAAGAACAAAAAGAGAACAAAGACCAAACUACCUGCAGGCCUGUAAUUGAACUAAACACAAAAUGACCUUUUCUUUUUGUGUGUUUUUCAUGUCAGCAAGAGUAACUUUUGAAUCAAAGUGCUAAAACAUCAAAUAAAUGAAUGAGUGGAAAAGUG